AUGACAGCCUCACUCUCAAGCACCACCCUCAACGGCGCAGCGGCCAACGGGACCAGCAAGACAGUUCCCGCCGUCCCCGCCGGCCUGCCCAUUGUCUUCCGCGACUCGACGCCCAGGGAGAAGUUCCUCGAGUCGGCGUGGGGCCACGUCUUCAACCACCGGCGCGCGACCGAGACACGGGUGCCGCGCGCGGUGGUGCACGCCACGUCGGCGGCGCACGUCGCGCAGGCGGUGCGACUCGCAGGAGACCUCGGCUGCCGCGUCUCGGUGCGGUCGGGCGGCCACUCGUGGGCCGGGUGGAGCGUGCGCGACGACGCCAUCUGCAUCGACCUGGGCGCCCUGCCCGGCGGCAAGCACCACUCCCCAACCGAUGGGAACCCGGGGGAGGGCCUCGACUAUGACCCGCGCACGCGGAUCCUGAGCUGCCCGCCUAGUGCGACGGGGAGGAAGGCGAAUGCGUUCCUUGCCACCAAGGGGAGGAUGUUUGCUGGUGGGCACUGUCCUGAUGUUGGGCUCGGUGGGUUCUUGCUGCAGGGUGGGAUGGGGUGGAAUUGUAAGAAUUGGGGAUGGGCUUGUGAGAGCAUUGUUGGGAUUGAUGUCGUCACGGCUGAUGGGCGGGAGAUAUACUGCAGUAAGGCUGAGAAUGCGGAUUUGUUCUGGGCUGCGAGGGGCAGUGGGCCUGGAUUCCCUGCGAUUGUGACGAGGUUCCACCUCCUCACUCGACCGCUGCCAGAUAUGUACCAGAGCAUUUACAUCUGGCCGAUAACAGAGUACCGCAAGGUGCUGAAAUGGGUUAUCGAUAUGUGUGAGAUAGGCGACAACGACACCGAGAUGGUCGCAGUUGGGCAGUACAUUGACAAUCACCCGGACCCCGUGAUAAUUGCAAACUUCCUUGCCUUCAAGUCCAACAAAGUCGAGGGCGAAGCCGCGUUGAAGCCCCUGCAUGACGACCCCGGGCGGCCGCCGAACCCGCUCGUCGAGGACUUUGCGAAACCCACCACCCUGCCGGACCAAUACGCACCGCAGGCGGUCGCCAACCCCGAGGGCCACCGCUACUGCUCGGAGAACGCGUACGUCAGCAACGACGCGGAUGUACCGGCGGUGCUGGAGCGGGCGUUCACGACGCUGCCGCAUCGCAAGGCGUUCGCACUGUACUACAGCAUGUACCCGACGUCACGGCGGCCGCAUUAUCACAGUGCGGCGGGCGACGUUAGCGACGAGGGCUCUAUGGCGCUGUCGAUGCAUACGGACCACUACUUUGCUCUGUACACGGUGUGGGAGGAGGAAAAGGACGACGAGAGGUGCGUCAGCUGGACGCACAGCGUCGCGCGUGAGGUCGAGCGCUCCGCCGACGGCAGCUACCUGGGCGACUCGGACUUCCAGCACCGGAGGACCAAGUUCUGGAGAGACGAGAAUGCGAAGCGGUUGAUGGAGAUCCGGAGGAAGUGGGAUCCCGAGGGGAGGAUCUGUGGGUAUCUUGAUGAUGGUGACAAGAGCGGUGUUGAUGGCCUGAAGAACGAAUUCGAGUGGAAGUAG